AUGGGGAAUAUGGAGAGGGUGUUUACAGAGAGGAUGGGGAAGAUGGAGAUUGAUGUUUCACAGCUCAGGGACGCAAUCAGUUUGACUAGUGAAGGAAACUAUCCUAACAAGAAAAAAGCUGAAGAAGCUCCACUAAACAGCAAAGCCAAGCAAGCUCCACCUAAGAGCAAAGGCGCUCAAGCUCCACCUAAGAGCAAAGGCGCUCAAGCUCCACCUAAGCGCAAAGGCGAUCAACCUAUUCCAACAAAAAAGGAUGGGAAAAAGAUUGCUACAGAAACUAAUGAUUUUGAUUUCGGAUUGAGUACACAAGACUUGCGGGACCUGUCCCAAGCUACAUUUGUUGAGGGUUUUGAUAUGUCUCAAGUGAAAGUUGAGACCUCAAGUAAAUCAAAACCGUUGAACAUGGCUCCACUGCAGUGGAAUAAUGAGCAAAUAGAUCGAACCAAAGAAGACUCGCCAGAUGCCGCGUUGGUGUUUUUCCGUGAAGAGGAUUGGGAAAAAGUUAGAACUUGGUCAACUUCCUCCACACGUCUACGGAUUGGACCUGCCACUUUUGAUUUUGAGAUUGCUAAUCGUCUUAUGGAUAAAUCUGAGUGGGUUGAUAGCUUGGAGAUUGAUGCCGCAAUGUACGUAUUCCGGGAGAGAACAUCUUUGAAACGAUGGAGACCUCAUCGUGUCGCCUUCAUGACUGUCGUCUUCAGCAAUAUGAUUAAAAAAGAGUAUGGUCAUUUAGAAGCUCAGGGUAGAAAGAGCUACAUGCUUCAUAAUUUGCUACUGCAGUACGGUAAAGGGGUCCUUCCACCACAUGGCAGGACACAUGAGAUAUGGAAUAUAAAUGUGGAUCGGCUGUAUGUCCCUGUUCAUGUCAGUGGGAAUCAUUGGAUCGCCUUGUGCAUCAUUUUCGUGACGAGGAGCAUUGAUGUGUUCGACUGCUCGGGUAGGAAAAGGUACAAGGAGGUGGAUGGGUUCGCAAACCUUAUUCCGCGUAUUGUCAAGGCAGCUCAGCCUAUAAGACACCAGAAGGAUUUCACAGUCGGUGCAUAUACUGUUUCCUAUGUCCCCGUUGGGAAUCUGAAUAAAAGUGCAUGUGACUGUGGCGUCUAUGCAGUGAAGUUCAUUGAGUGCCAUGCGCUUGGAUUGGAGUUGUCGUUGUUGCAUGAUGGUAACAUUAUCGAAGCUCGCCACAGGAUUUUAUGGGAUCUUUGGGAAGCAGCUAAUGAUCCGGAAUUGAUUGACAGGAUGUCAAAGUAUCAAUCCCCAGAGUGUCUCUCUUCGACUGUAGAGGAGAUUCUGUGA